ACAUUGAUCUGUAUUUAUUUUUAGAGCAGCUGUGAGCAUGCGUGCGUGUGUGUACAGUAUCUGUGUGUGCCUGUAAAUCAGACGCUCCUCCAUGCCAACACGUGGGCAAUUUGACUGUGUUUGGGUGCGCGUCCUAUUGUGUGUGUCUCUGCGUGUGUCAGGACUUUCUUUUUCACAAAGUUAAUCCCUUAAGAAGAGGUGUGGCUCUCUCUCUCUCUCUCCCUCUCUCUCUCUCUGUAUCUCACUCACAAUAUCAUCACAUGUUCUCUCGCCGCUCUCUUCUUCUCUCUCAUCCUUUCCCUGCGCUAUUAUUGCUGUGGCCGCUGGUCCAAGGGAGUUCUUCCUCUCUUCUCUCGGUUGGCUCGUCAUCUCUGCAUCGUUCCUCAUCUGCCUGUGGAUCUUGUGUUUGAUGAGUUUUCAGAGCAACAUGGGGGAGGCCAUUGAACUCAGUUCCAGGGAGCACGUGACCCCGGAGAUGAACAAGCUUCGUCAGAGUCUGAGGAGGAAGAAGCCCACCUAUGUGCCAGAGGCCAGCAGACCGCAUCAGUGGCAGGCGGACGAGGAGGCUGUACGCAAGGGCAAAUGUAACUUUGCUGUUAGGUACCUGGGGCUUGUCGAGGUGGAGGAGUCGAGAGGAAUGCAUGUUUGUGAGGAAGCUGUGAAAAAGCUGAAAGUUAGUGGCAAAAAGACGGUAAAAGCAGUACUGUGGGUUUCAGCUGAUGGACUCAGGGUGGUUGAUGACAAAACUAAGGACCUCAUUGUGGACCAGACCAUCGAGAAGGUUUCCUUCUGCGCUCCCGACCGGAACUACGACAAGGCCUUCUCCUACAUCUGCAGAGAUGGAACCACCAGACGGUGGAUGUGCCACUGCUUCAUGGCUCUGAAGGACUCGGGCGAGAGACUGAGCCAUGCAGUCGGCUGUGCCUUCGCUGCCUGUCUGGAGAGAAAGCAGCGCAGAGAGAAGGAGUGUGGCGUGACGGCUUCUUUCGAUGCCAGUCGCACCUCCUUUGUGCGCGAGGGUUCCUUCCGCAUCAAUUCAUCCUCCAGCCAGCAGGGCAGCAGCAGUGAGCGAGAUGAGAAGAUGCAGGAUAAAAAGAAAGAUCAGCCCUCUGCCGUCCCAGCUCUCCCUCCUGGCUCGGCCUCUCCACCCGAGGGGACGGCGUCCCAGAUGGAGCGUCCAGAACCAGGUGGGCCCCACGCCAUCCCUCGCCGCCACGCACCCAUCGAACAGCUGGUUCGCCAAGGCUCGUUCAGGGGAUUUCCAGCUCUCAGUCAGAAGAACUCUCCCUUUAAGAGACAGCUGUCGCUUCGCCUCAAUGACCUGCCAUCCACUCUGCAGCGCAAAACAGACUUUGAGACCAAGAACCCUGAGAUGGACAUGGGGUUGCCUUGUGAGGGUGACAGUAGUAUAAAUGCACUGUGUUGCCAGAUCAACACAUCCUUCGCCAAGCCAUCAGACGAGCUCUUCUCCAACCCAUCUAUGUCUGCAAAUUGCCCUCCGACCUGCACUGUGCCCCCAAUUUUGCCUCCUCCACCUGCACCUGUCCAGGCCACCUCAUCCUGGGUGCAGCCAGAACCUUCUCUCCACUCCCCUCCUCCGGUUUCUGCUGCACUGCAGAGCGGCCACAAGCGCACCCCCUCAGAGGCUGAGCGAUGGCUGGAGGAGGUCUCUAAGGCUGUCAAAGCCCAGCAGACGCCUCCCUCUGGGCCCAUCAUACCCACCAUCCCUGGACCCCCUUCCAUAACCAGUCAUCAUAUAUCCACACAGGCGACAUUGUCCUCUGCCCCAGUAUCUACUGUCCCGUUGCCCCUCGGUACUUUGCCCAAAUCUCUUAUCUCUGGCCCUUCUGCCCUUCCAUGUCAAACCCAAAUGCCUCUCCCACCCAUGUCAAUAUCAUCUGUUCCUCUAAUACCAGGUCCUCCAGUGUCAGGCCCCCCAAUGUCUCUCCCGUCCAUGUCCAUCCCAACUAUGACGGGCCCGAGCAUGUCCGGAGCCCCUAUGAUGCAGGGCUCUCUGCCCGGGCCCCCUGGCUCCCUUCCAAGUGCAAUGCAACCAUUCCCCCUUGCUUUUGAUGCCACUCCAGCCCCUGUUGGGAUGUUUGCCAACCAGCCGGUCCAACCUGCCUUCAUGCCCAUGCAGACCUACAUGCCUGGUCUGGCUAGCAGCAUGACUUACCCCAAUGCCAGCGUGCCAGUGGUAGGCAUCACACCAUCACAAAUGGUGGCCAAUGCCUUUUGCACUGCCACAGGCUCAUCAGGCACAGGUCCGACCAUGGGCUCAGCUGCUGGAGGGUCCAAAGUGGGGCCCUUGGGCACUGUCGGGCAUCACCACUCCUAUCCAGGAGCAGCCGGCACAACCGGACACCCCUCAGGGUUUAACGCAGCUACGUUUUCCUCCACUCCACCUCUGUCGUCAUCCAUUAACGGCCUCCCACCCCACAGCACUGCAGCCGCAAUGAACCUUCAGAACGGGACUUCGGUCAGUGGUGGCAGUGGAGAGAGCUGGCCUCCAGAGGGCAGCCAACUAACCGCUCCAGGGGUUAGCGACUCCCAAGAUGAUGAUCGUUUUGAAGCCAAGUGGGCGGCACUGGAGACAAAAGGAGCGACGCAACCGACAGGGAACAAGGCACCGGCUGCCACAGCCAACCCAUUCUCCAACAGUCUGCAAAAAACCUUUGAGAUUGAGCUCUGAGUUGGACUCUGGCUCUUAACGAUGUAGUUCUUGCUCUGGGGUUAAAGCCCGAGGAAGACGGGAAGCUAUUCCAGGAAUUUUUGCUUAAUUGGUAUACAGGCCCUUUCAGACGGCCUAGCAUCCAGCCUGUGGCAGCCUUGGAGUCAGUGCUACUACGAUCUUAAUUUCUUUCUUUAUGAUCCCAUGUGAGAUAGAGACAAACUCAGCAGUCGGCUGGGCUGCAGUCUGAGAGAAUCAGGUUUCCAGCUGUCUGAACUUCACAAACUGAAUCCAUUCAGUCCAACCGUCAACAUUCUCUCCUUCCUGCUAUCGCUUCUCCACUCUGGCUUUGUUUUCCCUGCUGCAAGUCCCUAGAUUUACUGCAUGUUCGUCCUACUCAAAGCACUGUGGGGAGGACGCGGCUCAGUGGUUUCUUUUUUUUUUU